GAUCAGAUCAAUCAUAUCCUAACCACACACAACGCAAACCCCAGCAAAUAAAGCUCGACACAACAUCUAUUGCAACUUCACUUGCCAAAAUGGUGAUGGCCGACGCCGCCGCCGCCGCCGGCGGUCACAGCUGGAAGGAGACGGGGUCCCUGGCCAAGCACAUCCUCCUCGGGCGGUGGUUCAUGGCCUUUGCCGCCAUCCUCAUCAUGUCGAUGGCCGGCGCCACCUAUAUGUUCAGCCUCUACUCCGGCGACCUCAAGACCAAACUCGGCUAUGACCAGACCAGCCUCAACCUCCUCAGCUUCUUCAAGGACCUUGGCGCCAAUGUCGGGAUAGUCUCGGGCCUCAUCAACGAGGUCACUCCGCCCUGGGUCGUCCUCUCCAUUGGUGCCGCCAUGAACUUCUUUGGCUAUUUCAUGAUCUGGCUCGCCGUGACUGGCCGCUCCGCCCGGCCCCGCCUCUGGCUCAUGUGCCUCUACAUCUGUGUUGGCGCCAACUCCCAGUCCUUCGCCAACACCGGCGCCCUCGUCACCGCCGUCAUGAACUUUCCGGAGAGUCGCGGCUCCAUCCUCGGCCUCCUCAAGGGCUUCGUCGGCCUGAGCGGUGCCAUCCUGGCCCAGCUCUACCACGCCUUCUACGGCGAAGACUCUGAGUCCCUCAUCCUUCUCAUCGCCUGGCUCCCUGCAGCCGUCUCCAUCGUCUUCCUGCGCACAAUCCGCAUCCUUCCGGUGGUCCGGCAGAAGAACGAGCUCAAGGUCUUAUACAACCUCCUGUAUGUCUCGCUUGGCCUCGCCGGGUUCCUCAUGGCCGUCAUAAUACUGCAGAACCAGCUCCAGUUCUCGAGGAUUGAGUACGCUGCGAGCGCCGCGGUCGUGCUCAUCCUACUCCUCCUGCCGAUUUUCAUCGUUGUCAAACAAGAGGUGGUUCUCUGGAAGAGGAAGAGAGCGAUUGUCAAGAACAACGACUCUUCCCAUCAGCUGAAAGUGGUUGCCGAGACUCCUCUGCCACCGCCGCCGCUGCAGGCCUCCGAACCUGGGCCACCGCUGCCUCCGCCGCAGCAUACGGGGGCGUGCGACUGCGGCAAUAUCCUCCGGCCUCCGGACAGGGGCGAGGACUACACGAUCCUACAGGCCCUCUUCAGCAUCGACAUGCUGAUACUAUUCACUGCCACCACGUUCGGCGCUGGCGGGACGCUGACGGCGAUUGACAACCUGGGCCAGAUCGCGAGCUCGCUUGGGUACCCGUCCCGGAGCACCUCCACGUUUGUGUCCCUUGUUAGCAUUUGGAACUACCUCGGCCGGGUUGUGUCCGGAUUCGCCUCCGAGGCCCUCCUUACCAAGUACAAGUGGCCCCGCCCUCUCCUCCUGACCCUUGUCCUCCUCCUGUCCUGCGUUGGCCACCUCCUAAUCGCCUUCGGCGUCCCCAACGGGCUCUACGCCGCGUCGGUCGUCAUCGGGUUCUGCUUUGGGGCGCAGUGGCCGCUGGUGUUCGCCAUCAUAUCCGAAAUCUUCGGGCUCAAGUACUACUCCACGCUGUACAACUUCGGGGCGGUCGCGAGCCCCGUCGGAAGCUACGUCCUCAACGUGAAGGUGGCAGGCCGGCUCUACGACCGGGAGGCAGCGAGGCAAAUGGCGGCGUCGGGAUUGGCGAGAAAAGACGUCAAGGACUUCAAGUGUAAGGGCGUGGCGUGCUACAAGCCAGCGUUUCUGGUGAUCGCGGGGGCGGCGCUCUUCGGGUGCUUGGUGUCGCUCAUUCUGGUGCAAAGGACGAGGAAGUUCUACAGGGGCGACAUUUACAGGAAGUUCAGAGAGGCUGCGAUCGAUUUGCCGGGCAAGGAAGAUGGCUCGAAAGCCGCGGGGGCGGAAGCGGUGGCGGUUGUGGACGGAGAUGAUCGUAUGGCCACCGCCGGUGCCGGGGACGUGACCGCCGCCCCGGCGGGGGCUGUGCGGCAGGGGAGGGGGACGUGAAAACUUGAUUAUGGAAAACAGAGUACGACACAGGACAGAGCUCGUUUCAUUGUAAAAUUUCAAGUUGCCCUGCUAAUGUUUAGCUCUGACAGGAGAAAUGACAUCUAAAGGA